GUGUCUUCUCUAUAAAUUGUAGUAAGCGGCCGACAUAACCCACCCACUACGACCACCACCGCUACCCCCCCAAUCUCUUUCUUACCUUGGCAUCCUAUGAAACUCUUCCUCUUCCAAAAUCUCAGUCCCAACCCAUUUCUUUAUACAGUUAGACAUUAGUUUAUCGCUUGAAGCUUUCAACUUUAAAGCUCAACCUGUAACUCUCUCUCUAUGGAUUGAUUGUGUUGACACUGAGCUUUUAUAGAGAAUAUUGCUGCCAUUACUUAGCUUAAUUGCAGGACUCGAACUUUGAGUGACAAGGUUCCAGUGUAAAUAUGGGUCUCUCACCUUAUUCAACUCCAGCUGAUGCGGGCGUGCUAUGUGUAAUUCUGGCCAAUACGGCCAUUUCCAUCUCCAUUGUAAAGGAGAUAGUCCGGUCAAUCCUUCAUGUGGUUGGCAUCCGGAUUGCUUCCUGGGAAGAACAUUCCAUCGACAGCACCUCAAACUCCAUUGAAUGCCGUAGAUGCCCCUCAGAGUCCUACAUGGAGGAGUUCAGGAGCAGGACCCCAGCAGUUCGGUUUGAUACAGUUUCUGGUUGCACCAACCGGCCUGAGCAAGAGUGCUCGGUCUGCUUGACAGAGUUCAAACCCGAUGCUGAGAUAAACCACCUGUCUUGCGGCCAUGUUUUCCAUAACUCUUGUCUGGAGAAGUGGUUGAAGUAUUGGAAUGUCACAUGCCCUCUUUGCAGGAAUUGCAUGAUGCCUCAAGAAGAGGACGGUAGUGGUUGUCCGAUGUGAGCAGUUUACGAGCAAUGGUCCAACGAUGAAGUUUAGUGUACAGGAAAUCUACAUGAAUGCAUGCUUCAGCUUGGCAAAGGUUGAUACUUACGGCUAUGUGCUAGUAUUUCGCGUCCUCUUGUAGUGACGGGUCUGUGUGACCAGAAUUGUAUUGUAAAUAUUUGAUUGUGAAUGCUUUGCUGCACAAGAUAUCUAAUAAUGUUGCUUGACAGCAUCUUUUACACAGUAUUAGUAGGUUGUGACACAAUGUGUGUGUGAUUUGAUUACGAUACCACUAAUAUAUGGUCUGGUUACGACGCAAUGUGUGAUGGCACACACACACACA